CAGGCGGAGAAAGAGACUGACUGGGGUGUGUGAGCCACAUCUGGAAUAGUAGCUACAGAGGACGAGUCGCGAGGAGCAGAAAGUCGCUGAAACUUUCUCCAAACUCUUCACUUGAGCACUCCCUUUCCACGGAAUCAAACCUCCCGCUUGCUUCGCCCUCCUUCAUCUACUUGAGAAAAUGCUGCUCAUCCUGCUCGGUGUGCUGCUAAUGCACCUUAUCAUCCUCAUUCUUCUCAUUGUGUCCACAGCUGCCAGUGCCUGGACUGUAGGUGGGGAUAGGAGCUCAGAUCUGUGGUACAAUUGCAUGACAAAUAAUGGAGGCUACCACUGCAAGCCUGCAAGCAAUGAAGACUGGAUCCAGGCGGUGCAAGCCCUCAUGGUCCUAUCCGUGCUCUUCUGCUUCUUCUCCCUCAUUGCGUUUGUGUAUCAGCUGUUCAGACUGGUGAAGGGCGGACGCUUCUUCUUCACAGCCAUCUUCCAGAUCUUGGCGAGUGUGUUCGUGAUGUGCGGGGCGAUCAUCUACACUGUGAUGUGUCCAGAUGACGGAUCCGGUGCACAGUUUGGCUACGCCUAUGUUCUGGCCUGGGUGGCUUUCCCUCUCUGUCUCAUCAGUGGCCUCAUUUAUAUCGUGCUGAGGAAGAAAGAAUGAGAAGAUGGAGCAGAGGAGAGAAGAGAAGGGGGAAGUUAUGAGUACCCCUUUCAACAACAUCGCACUGUGCCUACUGCCCACAGACCAAAGACUGACAUCAUCAAAACAACAAAAGUGCAUGUGUCACUAACAGCUGUAAACACAGGAUGCAGAAGUUUAUCACUGCUGAGGAUUCUUUCUUAAGCUGUUUUUUAUGUUUUAUCUUUUAUGUUCCCAACACAUGCUGAAACAUAUCACAGCUGCCUGCUUUGUGAACUAACCAAAAGCCAAAGAGUGUAACAGUGACUUCAAUGUGUUUUGAAAUGCGUUGGUGACAUGUGACUUUUGUUGCUCUCCUGACUUCCACAAAUCCAUCACGUGUGAUAACAAAGACGAGUAAUCCUGCCAUGUUUUCAGUACAAAGAUGUACAUAGUGUCUGUGGUUUUUAGACAUAUUUAUAACAUUUUACAUACAUUUGUACAUAGUGUUGUCAAGUUAACAUUGUCAUGCUCAUUUACGUGAUAGAGUCUGUGUCUCUCAAAAAUCAUGCAGCUGUGCCAAAGAAAUGUCGCUUCAACUGCCAGAGUAUCAAGCUUUUUUCUUUAAAUGUCUUUUUUGUGUGUCUGAUGCUUCGAACCAUGUGCCUUACUAAGAAUACCGUUUUGAAGGAAAUGAGAACAUCUUUAGAAAUUAAAAAGAUAAUAACAGAAGAUUUGUUAAUGGACUCAUGAAGUUUUUUCUUUUUCUCAUGAAUACUCUUUGUACUUGAUAAGCCAAAUAUUUUGAAUUUUGUAAUCUAGUUUUGAAAAUGGUGCUUUUUUAUCUACUAUUCUUGAAGUGUAUAGCCUACUCUGUGUUGCGAGUGUGUCAUGCUCUGUUAUUAAUUUGCUUUGUACAAACCCGAGUUUGCAUUUUUGUCAGUAUUCUUCUAAAUAAACCCUUAAAAAUGA